AUGGAAACUAUAGAAGAAAAUUUAAAAGAACUUCAAAGCAUGUUAAGCGAUGAAAAUAUUAAAGAUAUCGUUAAAGGUUUUAAAGAACUUGUCGAAAUAUUAAAAACUUUUAAAAAUCAUCAAAAAAUCGUUAAUUACGACACCAAGUUACGUCAAGUAGCAGAUUAUAUUAUACAAGAUGUGAUGAACUCUCCUUGUAAAGAAGAAAUCUUGUUCAAUUAUGCUCUGUCAGAGGAUGAAGUUAACAAACGUUACCGAAAACUCGCGUUGAAUUUCCAUCCAGAUAAAACAAAUCGACCAAAUACCCCGUAUUCUCUUCAAGGUGAUCAUAAAAACCUAGGUGCUGAGCUAUUUAGAUAUAUUACAGAAAUUAAGGAAAGUUUAUUGGCCAAUUAUGAAAAAUCUUGA